AAGGUCUGCGCAAACUGUCGCACCGUUUUACAUCAUGGUUGUGCGGAUAGAGAAAGAACGCCUGCAGCCCUCCCGGCUGCGGAGGCCGCUGCUGCUCUUGGAUGCCCCGUCGAGAGGGCGGGGCAGGUCGGAGUGGAAGCAACGAAUGCUUCGGGCUUUCGUCUUUGUCGCCAUCUUGUCUCCGCUGUGCCUGGCGCCCGGUGCGGACGCUCUGUUCCUGAAAAAGAAGAUUAAGCUAUUGAAGGCCAGCAAAGGCAAGUUUGGCUUGAGGCCCCAGCCGCAGCCCCAUCAUGCGGUCGGUCCAGCGUACUUACCGCCACCGCAGUGGAUCCCUCCACCUCACGCGGUGCCGUUCAGCGGACCCCCGGUUGCUCACUGGGGCUACCACGGUGACUACUCUGGGUGGGUGCUUCCGCCCCCACAGCCAGCGCCGCCACAGCCAGCGCCGGCACAUGGCUGGGUUGCCGGACCACCGAUUGUUCACGCUGCGCACCCACCACAACAGGGGCCCCCUACAACGUACGUGGUCGAGGCUCAAGUUCCCACCGGCACGGCGUUCGCAUCGGCCGCCGGCAAGGGAGUGCAUCGGCCGAAGGGACCGCACGAGUACCAGUACACGCUGCACUGUCCUUACGAGCUGUACGUCCAGGUUGAGCCGAGCUCGAACAACAAGGACCGGUGGUGAUGCUGUUCCUGCCGAC